AUGCCUCCCAAGCAGCAGCGCAUCGUCGUCCAGCGCGCCGGCGGCCCCGGUCCCCAGUCCAAGGGCUUCCUCAGCAGCACCUACAGCACCCUGACCUCCUCCGAGAACGCCUCUGUCGUCCGCAGCAUUCUCGCGUUCGGCGCUGCCGUUGCUGUCCUCUCGAGCUCCUGGGCCGAACUCCUCCUUCCUCCGUAUGCCUCACCUAUCCAGAAACAACCAGCCUGUGCCAGGGAGCUAUAG